AUGCAUGGGCCAUCAUUGGAUAUGCGUCAACAGACCUCGGAUGGCCACGUACCAUCUAGAAGCCAGACAUCGACUCGACGGAAGUCCGUUACUUUCCGGGAUGACACAGCUGAAGUUUGUGAUACCCACACGCUUGCCGGAGGUAAUUGCUCGGAUUCAUCAACUAUCUCUCGAGACAUAGAUUCGGAAGACGACCAUUCGGAUAAAAUAUUAGGCGAUCUUAUCAGGGAUAACCUUUUCGAGCCUGUCGACGAUCGUCUUGAAAAAUUUCUGCCUCGGAACGAAUUAGAUGAGAUUUUAACGGAAGAGAGGAUUACCUUUACCUUGGGCAAGGAAGGAGGUUUCCCAGCUGAACAACUGCUAGCCACCACCACAGCAAUUGUACAUCCUGCAACGUCCCUUAGCUCGUCACAACCACACCUCAAUUCCAGAAAGCAAUUGCUAGCAAUUCUAGCACUCUUGGAGAAGAUUCCAGCCAUUCAAGAUUUUAUCAACGAAGGCCUUCAUGACUACCACCUUCCUUUCAGUGUCCUCCGCGAAACAGACCCAAACAAAGGUGGUCGGCGCAGAUAUGUGGUGAGAACGAGCGCUUUUGGAAAUCAGCCUCUACCAGUGAAGCUUUUCGCCAAAUGGAGGGACACAGAGAUCGAUCAAUUCGAGAGUCAACAGUGGAAGGUUCAUGUUCCGGUUUUCAGUACCAUCCCAGGAGACAAUGGCAAGCCGCCGCACUAUGACCUUGCCCAAAAGGCCGUAUAUCCUUACCUGUCGCGAAGGGAAGUGGGCCGAGGGGGCUUCAGUGCCGUGGACAAAGUUGAAAUCCACACCGGACAUACUAUCGCAUCGACCAAAACGACCAACAGUCAAAUAUUUGCGGUAAAGCGACUGGAAGCUUCAAGCAAAAGCUUAUUUGAGAAGGAGGUGUCUAAUUUGAGUCGCUUCAUCGACAGGGACCAUCCCCACCUGAUCAAACUUCUCUGGACAUUUUCAUGUGGCUCCAUCCAUCAUCUGGUAUUCCCUUGCGCCGAUGGAAACCUACAGGACUUUUGGAAGAUUCACAGUUUACCCCCUGCCCAGAAGCGCGAUCAUCAAACUGUUGUAUGGCUCGUGAGGCAAUGUCUAGGGAUCGUUGAGGGACUCAAAAUGAUUCACCAGGACAACGACUACUGUCAUCCCACAGACACCAAAAGGCACGGAGUUCAUGGAGACCUCAAGCCUGAGAACAUCCUGUGGUUCCGGGACUUUGGUGGACCUGAAGAAGGCUACAGCCUAGGCACGCUAAAGAUAUCUGAUUUUGGCCUGACUGGCUUUCACGAGACUCUUUCCAAGUCUCGAAUCAAUGUGGAGGGUAUGGGAGCGUCCCUUACAUACAGAGCUCCGGAGUAUGAUGUGUACUAUGCGGUCUCACAAAGCUAUGACAUCUGGUCACUUGCGUGCGUCCUCCUCGAGUUCGUCACAUGGUAUUUCAAAGGUUGGGAGGGGGUAGAUCAGUUCUCAAAGGCCAGGGAGCUUGAAGACAAAAGCCUUUUCGUACGGGGCGACACAUUCUUUAACUCUAUUUACAGCGGCCAAAGUAUGAGUGCUAUGGCUAAAAAGUCGGUUGUUGAGGAGUUUCAAAGUCUUUAUGAACACGAGCACGCUUCGGAUUUCACUAUUGAAUUCGUGCAAUUUCUUGAAAAAGGACUACUUCGGAUGAGACCCGAGCUCCGGAAAAAGUGUAUUGAUUUACACGACACCUUUUCAAGGUUUUUCAAAGAUUGUGUCAGCGAGCCAGAUUACUGCCUCUUGAAGAAGGCCAACACCCCACCUUCCAGGAAAAAUACGGAACUAUCACUCUUGGAGCCCACCGAGAUACCUCGUGCUUUUAAAAUGGGAGAUUUGAAACCCCAAUACCCACCGAGACGAGGGUCAGGAUCUCAGGCCGCAAUUACUCGUCCAGGAUCCCCCCUCAAGCAUCUAGUGCAAGAACCACAUCCACUGGAAGCACAAACAACCAAGGACACCACAACAGCUGGCGAGUCCUUUCCAACAGUAUCAAUCCCGUCUGUGGAAACGGUCAGUGAGGCCCCAGAAGAGACGUCAAGGCCCUCCAUUGAACCAAGCAUCAGCAGGCACUCGGCUGAGGGAGUAAUAACUUGUCAGCCACGACAUGUACCUGAAUCGGCACUGUCCACAGAUGUAUCUCAGGAUGAAGCCAGACAAUCGCAAAGCAGAUGUCAAACCGCCGUGGAUAAGUCAGUGGAUGAGGAUUUGGGUCACCAGGGAGUGUCUAACGGCGGCAAUGAGAUGCAGGAUCCAUCAGAACAUGGCUCAGUUAAGGGUAAUCCGAAAAGGGGUGAUGGUUGGAGACAUAAUGUACUUACUAUACUCUGUUGCCGUUCAUGA